CGGCGGCGUCGGGCGCGCCAGUCGGACUCCAGCGGUCGGAGGCGCAGCCCGAACGCCAUGGAGCAGCCCCGGAAGCGUGGUGGUGACGGGGUUUGGUCCUUUUGGGGAGCACACCGUGAACGCCAGCUGGAUUGCAGUCCAGGUAACUCGGAUAUGAAGGGUAGGCAUCAUUCUUGGGGCUGGGCUCCCCCUGGCAACAUUUGGCACCAAAGAAAGGAGGAAUCUACAAUGAGAACAUUCCUGUGACGCUUCCUAUGAAAUAUUUCAGUCUGACGUACACAUCUUCCCAGCUGGCAGCCGCUGUAGCGUACGUGUGUUGAGCGCUGCUCUGGGCCAGGUGUUUGCUGCAGCCCAGCACUCCGAAUUUCCCUCAUAACUGCAUGGUUCCGAGCAGUUAUUCCUGCACCCACUUUACAGAUGAGGAAACGGAGGCCUGGAGAGAAUUAUCUGAAGCCACACAGCCAGGAAACUGGAACGGCAUUGCCUCAGAAGUGCUCCACGCCCCAGCUUUGUUUUGGGGGGGACCAGGCAGGGAUAUUGGGGGAUGUGUUAGCCUUGGGGGGUGGUACCUCCUUGCAGCUGAGGGAAGAGAAAGCUGUGUAUAUUGGGGGUGGGGGCGUCUUUCCUGCUGUCCUGAGCAGGGUGUCAACUAGUGAGCCUUCCAGUUUCUUUGUCAGAGGGGGCAUUUGGAGGGGCAGACUAGGAAACAAUGGGCAGAGAGAAAGAGAGAAACAUUUUCUCCUUAUAUAAAUCAGAUCUGCAGAGACCGGAGCCAAACUCCAGUUAAUCCUAGCCCAUUAGCUGCUUGAUUUAAAGCAUUGCGUGCUUUCCACUCCAGAGCCCUGAAUUUGGAGAAAAUUUCAAGUUGAAACUUUGAUGGGUCAACCCCUAAUUGGAGCGCCCCCACCUUUUUUAUCACCCCUACUCCAGACCUCAAAAAUCUUAGCACCUUUUAAAAAAAUUAUCACCCAGGGACGGGGUCCCCGGGACCCUGCAGAUGGGAGCAUGUCCGAGCCCUUGCUCAGAGCACCCGCUCCCUGGAGCCCCAGACAAAAAGGAAACAGCGUGUUUCUGAAGACUUGUGUGUCUGGCUUUGUGCGAGUUUCAGACCGGAGCCUUCACGGGGCUGAGUGGACACAAAGCCGUGUGUCUGGAUUCCUGGGCCCCAGACAUGAUCAUCUGCAUCUAAAUAGGAGAAAAAUCAAUUAAACAAUCUUUGGAAAUCCCCCCUCCCAGCUUUGGGACUUGGAGGGGGGUGGGAGGAUGGCUGCUUUUCAGGCUGCUGCCUGAGGGGAAAUACACCUUCUGUUUCUGUUGCUCAUCUCUCCAGACUGGCCUCUGGAGGACUUCCCAUUUUCUUCCUCAAGUUCAUGAAACAAGAAGAGAUUGUCCACUAUUCCCCAGCUAAAAAGACACCAGCCUGCCCAGAUCCGAUUGUUUCUCUGUGUGUGUGUUUUUUUGUUUUUUUUUAAACUGGAGUGGUACAGAUAACCUCUGAGUACCCACACUCGUAUAACUCCAUGGAAUAUUAGCACGUGCACCUGUACGUCACCUGCGUCUGGAUCAAGGUUUAGAACGUUCCAGCCCCGUCUGCCCCUCUCAGCUACCCGCCUCCCCAAGAUGCAAACCUCUCUGCUGCCUUUAUUGCCACCACGUGCGUCUUGCCUGGGCUAGAACGCCGCUUGCCGUGCUUGUCCCCACUUGUCUGCACGAUCCACCCAGGGGUUGCUCGGCGCUCGCGUGGGUUCUCGUAGUUGCCCUGGAGAAAAGAGAGGUGCCCAUGGAAAGAGUGCAGCUGUUGGGAGCUGGAGAAGCUGGGCCUUGGCGACAGCGUGGACCUGCACGUGUACGAGAUUCCCGUCGAGUACAAGACAGUCCAGAGGCUCAUCCCCGCCCUGUGGGAGAAGCACAGCCCACAGCUAGUGGUGCACGUGGGCGUGUCGGGCAUGGCGACCACAGUCACCCUGGAGAAGUGCGGCCACAACAAGGGCUACAAGGGGCUGGACAAUUGCCGCUUCUGCCCCGGCUCCCAGUGCUGCGUGGAGGACGGGCCUGAGAGCAUCGACUCCAUCAUCGACAUGGACGCCGUGUGUAAGAGGGUCACGACGCUGGGCCUGGAUGUGUCCGUGACCAUCUCCCAAGAUGCCGGCAGGUACCUCUGUGACUUCACCUACUACACCUCUCUGUACCAGAGUCACGGCCGCUCAGCCUUUGUCCACGUGCCUCCGCUGGGCAAGCCGUACAACGCAGACCAGCUGGGCCGGGCGCUGCGGGCCAUCAUCGAGGAGAUGCUGGGCGUCCUGGAGCAGUCGGAGGACAAAAUCCACUGUCGCCACGAACACUGAGUGCCACCCGGGCCUCCCAGGCCUCAUCCCACCAGGGACCAGGAGGAGGCAGGCUUUCAGCCGGUGAUCUGAUUCGGAUCAGAUAUUUCUGUUUACUUACCUCCUCUCCCUUUUGAUCUGCAAACGUGCUGAUUGAUUUGAAGGGGCUGCUGAAGAAUGUUUCUGUUUCCCUUGGCAUCUGGGGAGGUGGCCGUGAUGUCCGGAGACCCUUGGGUGCAGAUUUCCGAAGAGAAUCCUGAUUGGGGUUAUCUCCACUCCGCGAUCCCACAGCUGGGCCACCUGUGCCCCUGCUCUUGAGGGCUCUGGUGACGGGUUUCGGAGUCCCCUCCAUCCCAUCACUGGUUUUUCCCAACCAUAAAUCCUCUCCGAGAGUCUGCCCUGACCCAUGUCCCCACAGCUUGGACAGCCGUGGGCUAUGCUGUGACUUCGUUAUUUUCAAAAUUCUAUUCUCUCUCUCUCUUUUUUAAAUUAAUUGUUGAGAGAGAGAGGAGGGGGAGAGAGAAACCCUGACUUGUUGUUCCACGUAUUUAUGCACUCUUCGGUUGCUGUUUGUACGUGCCCUGAUGGGGGAUUGAACCCGCAACCUUGACAUAUCCGGGCGAUGCUCUAACCCAAUGAGCUACCCGGCCAAGGCCUUACUCUCUUUUUUAAAACAAUAGUGCUAGUUUGGGCACAGAGUAAUUUAUAUUCCCUUUGGUUAAAACACAGGCUUUAGUCAACAACAAAAGUGUCUUUUCUUUUUCCUGGGGUGCAGCCCCUUCUGCCUCCUGUGCCGAGCACUGGACCUGCAUCUUCGUUUGGGGACUGACAUUGACCGUGCUUGGGUUUGGAGACUGGGG